AGUGAUGCAUUAUUGUGCCUGAAAAUAACGAUUGCGUACAGCCGGAAAUUCCCAGUGCUUGCUGGUUGGUUGGAACCUUCACGUGACCAGGUAUUGCGUGCUCCGGGAAUUCCCGUUCUUGUUUUGCAAUUGUGCUCGAUCGUGGAAUUUUGAUCUAAAAAUAUCCAGCUGUAAAUACCCAUUCUCCAAAUAAAUGCGCAAUACCUGCAAACGCAAACCGUCGGCACUCGACAUAGAACAGUCAUUGAGUCAGUACUGUACGUAUGGGCGGUUGUUCAAGUUGUGGAAGACAAGGAGUGGAACAGUUAUGGUACUGUAUACUGGGUGCUUUUUACUACGAAUAUCUUGCAAGAGCAUAAUAGUGGAGCACUUUUAAAGUGCAUAACUGCAUCAGACACGAAGGGGCUAGUAGAAGUAAGGCAUCAUGGCGAAGAACGACGUGGAUCAUGUCGAGCUCAUUGAGAAGGCCCUCCUAGUGCAGAACCUGAAGUGCCUUGGAGCAGCUCCUCAGAUGUCCGAUGCCGUGCUACGGGACAAGCUCAUUAUUCAUUUUCAGAAGAAAUCCAACCAUGGUGGGGAUAUUCGAAAAGUGAUUUUUCCUUUGAACUCUGUAAAAGAGGAUGCCAUCGUCAUUUUUGCUGAUGCCAAAGAUAUGUUGUCUGCUGCUCAGCAUGAACACGUGUUUAGAAGUCAUCCUUUAAGGGUUAGAAGGUUACCCCCUGUAUUUACAGUCGUUGAGGCUAAGAUUGACCCUCUCUAUUUCAAUAUCAUGCCUCUUGAUGCAUCAACUGAAUUUUCUGAAAGGAUAGAAAACUUGGCCAACGUCGAAGUUGAUAAAACCAAUGCCGGCAAGAUAUCUUGUUCGCAACCUUCUCAAUUGAAGCUUGUUGAGAGAGAGAUCUGUGGACUUGUAAUGAAUCGUGCAGCAGACUCUGUGUCGUCCGAAGAUGAUGGAUGUGAGGCAACCAGGGCUUCCAACUUUGGUUUUGAGUCCAGUCCUGUGCAGAGAGCCCUAGAGAAGCAUUGGUAUAAAGAAGACGAUGAGAUGGAAGUCGCAGACGAAAACGAAGAACGUAGAACCACUGGUUCUUUGUCAAAGCAGUCUGAUGAGCCUGAAGAUUUUUUAGGUGAUCAUUCUCCCAAAAUGCAACUCGCUUCAACAAGGGAAGAGCGCGAUGACAUGUCAGAAAAGAAGCAGAGUUCUGCUCAACACGAUUUAGCACUUCUGGAAACAGAUGCUGAAAAAAUCUCUGGGCAUCUCAAAAACACAGACCAUGUGGUUCUCGACAAGUGCACUUACGACUACCUAAAGUUAUUUGAGAGUGCAACACUCAACAACAUAUUGAAACGAAAUAGGGUACAGAUAAAGGUUGCACCAGGGAAAACCAGCGAAAAUUUAGACGGUUUUAUCUUUCCCUCAAGCCGUAAAACCACAGAUGAGAAUGUUGCUAAGGCGAAGGAUGAGUUCAUAUCGUUUUAUCAGGAGGUUCACUUUGGCAUAGAACGGAAAACGAUUGACUGUUCGUCUGCUGAUUCAGCGAGUAUUGGGAAAGCAACAGAUGAGACACGUCAUCAGUUCAAGGCCGACGCCCUGAUCACCAAGGUUGAUGGGUCUCCUAAUCUUCGUCUCAUUCUUAGAAGGGGAGAUGUGGAGGAGGUGGCUCGACAGUUUCGUAAGAUCGCUGGUAUCAAGUCUGGAAAGACACUGCGCAGCGCAGGGGCUGGUGUCCAAGGUACCGGGGCUACAAGUACUGGCAUUGAUAAAAGCAUAAGAUUUGGCAACUGGAACCCGGAAGUCCAGUCACCAGAUGAUCAACAGAAUAGGCAAUCGAGUCAUAACCCUCGACUGAAAAGUGAGUCACCUAAUGAUGCAAUGGACUUUAUAACCAACGAGGGAAUGCACAUUGUAAUUCGCACGGGAGACAUCACCAAACUGACCGCCAAUGCUGUCGUCUGUCCAACAGAUCAGCAUCUCAAAAAUGAAUUUGGUGGAGUAGCAAAAGCAAUCAUGGAUGCCGCUGGUCCCGAAUCGAGGCAAUACUGUCACGAUUUAAUGAAGACACGUCAUAUAAAGUAUCUGACGAUUGCUGAGUGUAUUGUUGCACCGGGAUUCAAACUCAAAUAUAAUGCGAUUAUAUACGUUUGUGGACCUACUGACCCCGUUUCGGCACGUUUCGGUACAGAUUUGUAUGUCACAUUUCUUAGCUGUCUACGCGCUGCUGAAAGUGGCAAGAUGUCAUCCUUGGCAAUACCUUUAAUCGGUUCAGGCACCAUUCGUUCUCCGAAGUCGUUUUGUGCCGGUGCUCUUGCUCAAGCUGUAAUCGAUUUUAGUCGAGAGUCUCGUGGGUCGAAUGUUGUCGGAGAGGUGAUCUUGGUUAACAUCGAUGAGGAUUCCAGUAACGCCAUUCAACAGUCCCUUCAGACGGUUUUCAGUCCACUGAAUUACGCCCCACUUAAUGCUAGGCACAUGGGUGAUUCAAAUAGAUCAGCAGCCGUGGGAAUUGGCGUUUCACAAUCUACUUAUAUGGAUCAAGGGAAACCAACAAGGGUAGACCGAGAUACACCUCUAAUGUCAUCAGGAAGCCACCACUCAGCUCCAGAUGUUGGAUGCGACAAAAGGCUGAAACAGGGGGACUCAAAAAGGCAGGUAGAGAAAGAGCAUCAUGGCAUUCACAAAAAGCCCGAAAAUCAGCAUCUAACGGUGGAGGAUUGGCCCACACUGCAAGAGUCGAAGGAGCCGGUUAAGAAAAAUCAUAACGACCCUCUUGGUGGUAAUGCUGAAGAUGACGAAGCCUAUGGAAACAGACGAGCAUCUCAUGGUGACCCAGCAGACAAAUCAGUAGCGUGCACUGGGGAUAAAGGCGGUCCAUUGCAUGCGAAAACACCGGCUGAAUCUGCCGAUGAUCAGAAAGAUGAAUGCCCUAUUUGCUUGGCAGAUAAAAUGAUUGACGCAGUGGCCCUCAGGUGCAAGCAUCGAUUCUGUAAAUAUUGCAUCGAGAAAGCGCUGAAGAGCAGUUACAGAUGUCCAGUAUGCCAAGCAGUGUGUAGCCAACCAAAAGGCAAUCAGCCAAAAGGAACGAUGAGACACACCGCCGACAGGUACUUGCAUCUCCCUGGCUACGAAAAAGAUGGAGUCAUAACCAUAGACUAUUACAUACAAGGUGGCAUACAAUCGGCUGAUCAUCCCAACCCCGGAACGUAUUUCAUCGGCAUCACCCGAACUGCAUAUUUACCUGACAACGCAGAAGGCAGGGAGGUCCUAGGCCUUCUGAGAAAAGCAUUUGAUGCAGGGCUCGUGUUCACGGUCGGACGGUCGGUCACCAGCGGUCAAGAGAACAUCGUGACCUGGAAUGACAUUCAUCAUAAAACCAGCAUGUCUGGCGGACCACAAAACUAUGGCUACCCUGAUCCUGGCUACCUUAAGAGAGUGAAGGAAGACUUGGCAGCAAAGGGUAUUAAGUGAAGUUCCCUACGUGAAGGUGACACGCGAACUGCAUGGCUUCUUUGUCUCGCAUUGCAACUUAAAAACAACUGGAAUAAUCUCAAAAUAGUUAAUACCAGUUAUACAAACAUUCAUUCAGCUUGAUUAAGGGCCAAGUAAAUUGUUUAUAUCAAAUGGCCGUCUAUUUUGCUGAACCAUCAUUAAGAAAUGUGUUCGUUUAAUUUUAGAUAUCAGUCAACCAUAAAGGCUUGUUUCCGUACAUUGUAGCCUUAAACUGUCAUGAUACUCCAACGAAGUUCUUUUGCAAAAUGUUUGUAAAUAUCGACAAAAGUCAUGUCGCAAAAAUGUAACUUGAAUGUUGAAGUACAUGUAAUACAGAAGUACAGUGCAUAUAAUCAUGUAGUACAGUUAUAAUUAAUUGAUGUGUGUACAAUUAAGUAUCCAAAAGUUCAUAUCAGUGUCUAUGUAAUAUGACGUUUGAAAGUAAAAGUACAACUUGUAAUAGUUGAAGAAAGCUAGAGAAAACUCGUAAAAGUCUAAGUAGACAAAAAAAAAUGAUGUGGUAUUGGUAUAUUUUGCGUACUGCCAAUCUCCUCAUCUUUCGAUCAAUUAUGUACAAUAGGAAGUGAACAUCAAUUAAUGCUGACAAACUGCUUUCAAUACUGCACUGUAAGCAUCAAAGUGUCAUCAAAGACUUGAAAAUUACAGCAAAAGCAAAUGUUGUAUAUUCCCUUUAAUAUCAAUAUUAAUAUUGUACGAUCUAUGACAUUACGUAAUUUUAAAGCGAAUAUUUCAAUCAGUUUGAAAGAUCGUUCUCGUAAUGGUAAGGUUUGUAGUGUAGACUUUCAUAAUGGCAGUGUCAAAAAAAUGCUUUGACACUAUUCCUUUAAUGUGUGUUACGCGAUGCAAUAUGAAUCGAUUUGAAAUCGAUUUGCAUGCUUUGAAGAAUGCAAAUCGGGCUAUUUGACUUUAUCUUGCAAAUUCGAGGUUAAAACAGUGAAAUGAAUGUACAGUUUCGUUGUUAUUGUUUUGAAAUGAAUGUAUAUUAUGAUAGUUGUGGUUUAAGCUCAUUAACAAAGGUUUCCACCUGGUGGAUGAUGAUGAUGAUCCUGAUAAUAAGUAAAACAAAAAAAGAAGUACAUACUAUGAUGGAGAUACAAACAAGCAAACCCUGGUUUUAUUUAACCAGACUUAGUACAUGUAUUCGUAAGCUUUAUGAGAAAUAAGACGGAUUGUGUUUUUUUUUUCGUUUGAUUCAUAGUUUUUUUUCAUAUAGUUUGCCUGCAUGUCAAAAUGAACUUGUAUAAAUCGCUCAACAUUAUAGUGCUUUGUCAUGCGAUAUUAUUCCAGGAUAUUAAGGUAUACACCAACGAUAUUUUGCAUGUCAUUCGAUAUACAAAUGUUUGCAACAUAAAAUGAGUAAAAGGGGCAUGUUUGUCAUUUGAUGUCUGACCCCAUAUCAUUUCAAUUGAAUUUAAUAAUAAAUCAUAAUAAGCGAAUGUUGACAAUACAAUACAAUACAAAAACAGGGAAAGCAUUCUGUUAAUUUCUUGGGGUUUUUUUGAGAGAAAUUUCCCAUUGUAUGUGAAUGACUAUAGCCACUUUAUAUUAGGGCUACAAAGGCUAGGCACGCAGGAUAUUUUCAAGAUUUUUGGGGUAUAGUUCUUAAAUUCACUUUUGCACUAACUUUCGCCUCGUAUUGUAUCUUCCAGAUAUUUAUAUUCAGUUCAAAAACUGAAGUCUUAAAACAAUCCCAUGAUCUUAUAGACAGUUUGGAUAAUUUUUGAUUUUACAGUUGCAAUGUCCUUUGAUAAUCAAACAGCUUGCAGAAUAUGCAUUGUAAAACAGUUGUAACACAUAAUCAGUGGGUCAUGUAUUUCAGCCAAAUUUGGUAUUUCAGUGAUAUUUAUGUUGACGAGAAAAUCCUGUAAUUACUGAACCGAAAUUGUUUAAUUCUUAUUUUUCCUAUGACGACCUUUACAGUAUAGCUUCGAUAUAUCUGUAGUAAUGUGUCUUAAACACUGCCUUUAAAGCAAAUAGUGUUAUUACACUCUAAAAACUACGUUUAGCAAUUAAACACAAUCUUGCUAUCACUUUGUAAACAGAUUUAGGUGGUAAACAUUACGUGUCCAAAUCCUAAAUAUCAAUAUUCAAUGGUUAAACACUACAUGUAUAUCCAUCAAUAUUCUAAACAUGUUUAGUGCUGAAACGUUUUUACAAACUGAUAGCAAGUGUAUAGAAAGUGUUUCAUUGCAGUGUAAAGUGUUUAGUUGGCAAUCAUUAAUUUUGCUACAUAGUAUUUGAAUUGCUGUAGAUUUAGAUAUCGGCUUCCUUUCAGUGUGCAUUGAUUUAUGGAGAUUUGUAUACUUGCUGAUUAUAUUUCAUUUUGUGAAUCAUGUCAAUUUUCGGAGAGUAGUUCAGUAUAUAGGGCCUACAGUCUCUUGAAGGAUCUUGUGUGCAGAUACGAAGCAUUUAUACACAUUGGGUGCAAAAACAAAUAAGUUUGGUUUGUAAGAUUGCAUUAAAAGAUGUGCUGUCCGUGCUCUCUAAACACGUUUUCAACAUGCAUUUCUUGUUGAACCCAAACUUUUUCGAUUGACUAUUUAUAAAAACCCAUCUUUUUAUUAAGGGCGCUUUUGCGCACAAAAAGAUCCACCAUGCGAGUAGACUGGUUCCCGAUCCGUACAUUUUCGAUAUUGAUAGCGGACGGGAACCACUCUGCAUGCUUUGCGAUUACCGAAUUAUUGCACCGCAAAUUAUACGAAAUGUGUAUAAUUGUUCCAUAACAUAAUUAAAGGUAGCCGAUUCUUUCUUUCGAUAUCUCAAUUAAAUAAAGUAAAUAACUUUUGUAUUGCUUAAGAAAAUAGCAGUUUCAGUCACAUUUUUAAAGACCAAAUUGACGUCUCGAGUGAGUAAUGAAUUGUGAUUCGGAAUUGUGGAUAAGCAAACCACGUGGUGCUGUAAUCUUGCCAUUUAUUGGCCUAGGGCCCCGUGACGUGUUCUGUUUAUCCAAGGCAUUGUUCAUGAGAAUUUGCGCAUGCGCGAGUGAGAAGUUAACUUGGCUUAUUGUCUAGAUGAAACACGAAAAUAGCACGCACAGUCAAUUUUAAAUCAGUUGGAAAAAUGACUAUUCUAUGUGGCUGCCGAACAAACAUUAAUUUUCUUUAGUACAAAAAAAACGGUCGCUUAUAGCCAAAAAAAACCAGUUUACUCGCCAAAAAUCAUGUGAUAUUUUUGGUUUUCAUUGCUUAGAUUUCAAUUUUGUAUGCAGAGUUUCAUCUUCGAGAACUGAUCGAGGAAUUGAGGGAUAAAAAAAAGAAAACGCCCUCGUAAUGGGCAUCAUUCUGAUCAACGAAACCUCAAGAUUUUUUUUUUAAUUUAAAAGCAAUCACGCAUGAUGUUGGUGUUCAUUUUCCGUUCAAGAAUCAGCUCUCGAAACUGGCUAAACUCUGUAUUCUUUUGAUAUACAUAUUCCCCAUUAGUUGACGUAUGUAUACUUAAUUGAAACGCUGCAAUAAAUAAAAGCCGCUGCAUCCCUU